AUGAGAGCCGCCGCGCGCUCGUGGCGCCAUGUUGCUGAUAAUGCUGAAAACACGAUAGUUCCCCCCAAGGCUUCCAAGAUGCCUGUCAACAGCAUGGCGCGGGAUCCCACGAAACUUCCGGUCAUCAUGUUCAUCCACGGCGAGUCAUACGAAUGGAACUCUGGGAGUGCUUACGACGGCUCUGUACUUGCCAGCUACGGAAAUGUGGUCGUUGUCACCAUCAACUACAGGCUCGGAAUUCUAGGCUUCCUGCCCGCAAUGGACGGUGCCUCUCGGGCCAACAACGGGCUUCUCGAUCAAAUAGCUGCACUACACUGGAUCCACGAGAACAUCGACGUAUUCGGAGGAGACCACCGGAAUGUCACCAUACUGGGACAUGGACAUGGAGCAGCAUGCGUCAACUUUCUCAUGAUGUCUCCUAUGGCGAAAGAUAACGGACUGUUCCAGCGCGCUGUGAUGAUGUCCGGCUCGGCGCUGAGCCCAUGGGCCAUCGCACGGGACGCGGUGCGGUACGCGCGCCAAGUGGGCAGGGCGCUGGGAUGUCCGGAGUCUGGCACCGGCGCCGCGCUCGGAGACUGCCUACGUCAUCGGCCCGUACGCGAACUAGUCGACGUCCCUCUUGCCGUGCCCGAACACCUCUCGGCAUUCGGCCCCACCGUCGACGGCACCGUGGUUCCCGCUGAGCCCCGCCACGAGAUGUCCUCACCGCGUUCGUCGUACGCAGACUACGAUCUUCUGUUCGGUGUAGUGCGCUUCGAGGCGUACUUCUUGUUCACGGCUUACGAAGAGAAGCACGGCUUUGAGGUGGACCGCCGGGACCGACUUCUGCGCACGCUAGUGCGCAACUUGUACAGCUUCCACCAGCAGGAAAUCUUUCUGACCGUCGUCAACGAAUACACAGACUGGACCCGGUCGGUGCAGCAUCCGGCCAGCAUACUCGAAGAAACGGCUGAGGCGCUCAGUGACGCGCUCGUCGUGGCGCCCGUUGUUGAAGCCGGCACGCUUCACACUGCAGCUGGGGCCGCCCGCAAGGCAGCUAAACAGCAAAAGGGAGGUGGCAACAAGGUCGGCGGUCGCGUGCCGACGACGCACUUCUACCUGUUCGGCUACCACUCGGACGAGUCGUCAUUCGCGCAAAAGAACGGCUGCGUGCACGGCGAAGACCUGCCGUACGUGCUUGGCCUGCCCAUGCUGGGAUCAGGUGCGCCGCUGUAUGGUAACUACACCAAGCAGGAGGCCGCGCUCUCUGAGACCACCAUGUCCUACUGGGUGCGAUUCUUCCGGACGGGUUCACCAAACUUCACUACCACAGAAACAGAAAUCGAACGCAGCAAAGGUGGGCGUGGAGAAAAAGUCGGCUGGCCUGCCUAUGAUCCUGUGCAUCAAAAGUACCUCACUCUAGGCACCAAACCCAAGGUGCGGGACCACUACCACGCGCACCGGCUGUCGGUGUGGACGCAGCUGAUUCCGAAGCUGCACCGCGCGGGUGGCGGGGACGUGCCCCGCUCCCACCACUUGCUAGAAGACUUCGAUGACGCAGCCUCGUACGACGGCGUGGUGCGCGAGGUGCCGCCUCCGCCCCCUCCCAUGUCGCCUUCGCCCACGCCCUCCCUGCCACACUCCACCAUCGACUCGAACUCGGGCGGUGGCGGGCCGCUCACCACCAGUGGAGGAGCGCGCGCUGGGAAAGGGGCACAGGAUGGCGGCCGUGGCGGCGUCACGACACCCGGUGACCCCAGCCAAACGGAGGCCAUGGCCAUGCCCCAGGGUGGCUACUCUACGGCGCUGGGCGUCACCAUCGCUGUGGGAUGUUCGCUUCUCAUCCUCAACGUGCUCAUCUUCGCCGGCGUCUACUACCAGCGGGACAAGGCGGGCCGGGCCUCCGACAAGGCAAAGAAGAGGCCGUUCGAGCCUCCGCGCCUGGGCGACGAGCUGGGUCGUGGUUCUCCGCCGUCGCAGCCGGCCUCCAUCCUGGCCGGCAGUGGAACGCUCAAGCGACCACCUCCGGCGUCUCCUUGCGCUGGAGGAUGCGAGCACCUGGACUACCAGAGCACGCCCGCGGUCGUCACCGGCUGUAUAGCCGUCGCGCCACCCAAGGUGCCUCCGAAGCCGAACAGCCUCCUCCCGUCGGAUCAUCCGGAAGCCCAGCCCUUGCUCCCUCUGUCAGCGUCUGCGCGGGUUCUUUCACCUAGUGCACACGCUACGCUUCUCAGGCAUCACCAGCAGCAGCAGCAGCAGCACCAGCAACAACAGACACAACAGGUCUCGGGCCACAACACACAGGAGCUGUGCGUGUGAAAGUUUCCGGGACCGGAGGGAAGAGACAACGGUCUAGCAUCGGUGGUGGUGGCGCGGUGGCCUUCCGGGCGUGAACUGUGGCGAGGAGUUGCACUGGAUACCAGUGGCCCCUAGGGACAAUAACCGACUGACGGACUCGGCCGGACACUCCCCCUUUGGCUAGCCCGCGUCAUCGGUGCGGGGAGGGUGGUGAGUCACUGGAAUAGGACUCACGCCCCAACCAACCUAUGUUCUUCACUUCGAGAAAGCAAAAAAAAAACGACUCUACGAGAAAAAAAAACACAAAGACAUUGUUACUGUGGAGAAAGGAGCAACGUUCAUAUUUUUGUUCCUCUUGUCCACUACACUUCAUCCUUCUCGACAACCACCAACCACCACGGCGAAUCUGCGUACGAGGAGUUCAUAGCGUCGCUCUUGGAAUGGCGCUGGCUCAGACGUCUUUUGUGUGCCUGUGUGUGCGUGUGUGUUUCUGUGCGAAUACCGUUCAACGUGUCUCGCGGAUACGGUGCGCAGUGGGUUCUUUCUGUUUGGCUCGGCUGACUGACGCGCGUGUUAGCCGGCGGGUGGCGCUGCGUGGUCUUUCCGAGGCUAACGAGAGAAGACGGUGGCCUCUAACGAGCCGUUGUGACAGGCCUUCGGUUGUGCUACUGAAUGCUUCCUUACGGCGUUGCCCGUAAUGUUUACUGACGGCGUAUUUUUCCGUUUCGACCUAAUUAUUUGUCAUUGCCGCUUCUGUGGUCUGUGCGUUGGUUUCUGACAAGACUUGUUGGCCAUUCUUUGCUUUUCGUCCCUUUGAGUGAGUCAGCUGCAUAAUGGUAGCGGCAGCUGUAGCCACAAAGGCGUCCUAUGACGCUAGACAACAAGCCCGUUAAAUUCGUUCUUUUUAUUCUUUUUUUUUCACUUUAGCAAACACUUGGGUGCCGAUCCAGCAAAGUAUGAUGAAUAAUUUUGUACCAGUGCUCACAAUACGUUCCACGUGGCGCUCACAGACGCACUACGCCCACAAAUCUACAAAACAUGUGUAAGGACAUGACUGCUGGCCACCCCUUUUGGACUGUUCCUAGAGCUCGCGAUGUGGGAUUAUAAAAGAAAAGAGUCGAGCCCAAUAUUCUGCCACCAUCAAUAUUUUUUUUGUUCGACGCACAUUCUAGAGAAUCUCAGGGGUCACGAGUGGUAAACACUUUUUUCGUUUGUAGUGUGUGAAGGAUUUGGACAACCUUGUUCAAAUGAAUAAGACCAGUCGCGUGGAUUGAAGUUUAGGAUUUUCAAAUUAUUAUGUUACACCUCAAGACAUAGUUACGACAAUGACAUAAGCGAUGGAUCUCAGGCCCGUAUGCAUCUAUCUGAUUUUUCUUGAUUUUUGCUGACGGACUUCGGUGAAAAGAAGUGAACGUACGAUUCGGGACACAACUCAUGCUCAGUAAGCGCAAGCUUCUUUCAUUUAGUUAGUCUGAAAGAACUGUUGUAAACCGAAUGCCAUUGAUUUGUAUCAUACACACAUCGCAAUAUUUUCCAUCACACUUGAAACCAGUUAACGCUCCCGUGUCCUUCGAUGAAGUAACAUGUUUAAAGAAGCCAUUUAAUUUUUGAAGUGCAUUUCGGUUAUCUUUAUUUUGUAGAUUUUGUUUCAAGGAAGUGUUGGUUUCCUUUAAUCAAUUGAGAAACUCUCUACAAAGAGGAUUUUCUCGAAGUUCCUCUAUUGAUUCUUAUUUUGUCGCCAUAUCUUGGCUAUGUGCUAGAUUUGUACAGUACUCGUUGGUAAUAGUGAUAUCAUUGGCCAUUCAAGAUUUUGCCGUUACAAAAUCCAAAUACAAAAUAAUGGUGUAACUAAGAAUGCCAUCUCAUUGUGACACAUUAACACCGACAUCAAAUCAAUACUUCCUUAUUUAGCUCAUUACUGUUAGCGAUCUGCAUGGAGCUGUGAAAAUCAUCAAUAAAACACAUCCUUUCUUGCAGCCCCAACAUUUCACAAUUAACCGAACAUGUUACACAUAUGGGUCUCUAUUGUUUUCAUGUGCCCUUUAGAAGAAAAAAAGAGCGUAUGAUGUGUUUUCAAUUGUACAAACAAAUAAAGCUUCUUAUUAUGAA